AUAUUAAAACUCGAAUAUUUGCCCAUCGCUAAUAUAUUUUCAAGAACCUUAGCUGCGAAUUGUUUUUUCGGCGUUUUGGAAAAAUAAACCGAAGAUUACAAUAAAAAGGGUCCUUGAACUCGAACACGGAUUACAAGCACUGCCACGAUGGUGAAACUAACGCCGGAGCUGAUCAACCAGUCAAUGCAGUACAUAAACCCGUGCCGGGAGCGUGAGCUGGAUUUGCGCGGCUACAAGAUUCCACAGAUCGAAAACCUGGGCGCUACCUUAGACCAGUUCGACACAAUUGAUCUCUCGGACAACGACCUGCGCAAGCUGGACAACCUGCCGCACCUGCCUCGUCUGAAAUGCCUGCUGCUGAACAACAACCGUAUCUUGCGUAUCAGCGAGGGACUGGAGGAUGCGGUGCCAAAUCUGAGUUCAAUUAUUCUCACUGGCAACAACCUCCAGGAGCUGAGUGACUUGGAGCCACUGACCGCAUUCUCAAAGCUGGACACCGUUUGCCUGCUCAUCAAUCCGGUAUCCACGAAACCCAAUUACCGGGAGUACAUGGCCUUUAAGUUCCCGCAGCUGCGGCUGCUCGACUUUCGGAAGAUUAAGCAGAAGGAUCGCCAGGCGGCACAGGAGUUCUUUCGCACCAAGCAGGGAAAGGACAUGCUGAAGGAGGUUAGCCGGAAGUCAAAGAUGAGCGCCGCCGCUGCUCUGGCGGCCGAGGCGGGGACUGGAAAAGGAAGAGGAUCGGACGGCGGACGACUGGCCAAUCCGGAGGACAUGCAGCGCAUCCGCGAGGCCAUUAAGAGGGCCAGCUCGCUGGCGGAGGUGGAGCGGCUGUCGCAAAUCCUGCAGAGCGGCCAGCUGCCAGAGAAAUUUCAACACGAGCAGGAGACGCCGCAGAACGGAGCGGGGCACAACGGCUCUGGCGACGUGGCCAUGGAAUACUAGAAUCCGCCGUACAUCCGUCAGACACCUUAUAAUCGUACACCAACAUUUUAUAAUAAAACACCUCCACAAGUUGA